GACGUCAAGCGCGCGCCUCGCGUUCUGCGUGCGCAGCUACGGGCUGUGGGGGUCUUGAUCCCGGGUCCUGAGGGUAGGGAGAGGUGAGCUGUGCUGUUUGCAAGAUGUUUCGUGCUGUUGACUCUGCGGAUGAGGAAGAGGAACAGGCGGAAGAGGAUUGUCCUGAAUUGGUCCCCAUUGAGACGAAGCAGAGAGAGGUGGAAGAGGAGGAGGAAAAGUCUGGCCCCGGCGCUAAGAUCCCAGUCACAAUUAUCACCGGGUAUUUAGGUGCUGGGAAGACAACACUUCUUAACUAUAUUUUGACAGAGCAACAUAGUAAAAGAAUAGCAGUGAUUUUAAAUGAAUUUGGGGAAGGAAGUGCAGUGGAGAAAUCCUUAGCUGUCAGCCAAGGUGGAGAACUCUACGAAGAAUGGCUGGAACUUAGAAACGGUUGCCUCUGCUGUUCCGUAAAGGACAAUGGCCUUAGAGCUAUUGAGAAUUUGAUGAAGAAGAAAGGGAAAUUUGAUUACAUACUGUUAGAGACCACCGGAUUAGCAGAUCCUGGUGCUGUAGCUUCUAUGUUUUGGGUUGAUGCUGAAUUAGGGGUUGAUAUUUAUCUUGAUGGUAUCAUAACUGUUGUGGAUUCAAAAUAUGGAUUAAAACAUUUAGCAGAAGAAAAACCUGAUGGACUUAUCAAUGAAGCUUCUAGGCAAGUUGCUUUGGCAGAUAUCAUCAUCAUCAAUAAAACAGACUUGGUUUCAGAAGAGGAUUUAAACAAAUUAAGAACAACUAUUAGAUCAAUAAAUGGACUGGGAAAAAUUUUAGAAACACAGAGAUCAAGAGUUGAUCUUGCAAAAGUAUUAGAUCUUCAUGCCUUUGACAGUCUCUCUGGAAUAAGUUUGCAGAAAAAACUUCAACAUGUGCCAACAACACAACCUCAUCUUGAUCAGAGUAUUAUUACAGUCACAUUUGAAGUACCAGGAAAUGCAGAGGAAGACAGUCUAAAUGUUUAUAUUCAGAAUCUUCUGUGGGAAAAGAAUGUGAGGAACAGGGAUGACGACUGCAUGGAGGUCAUACGACUGAAGGGGCUAGUGUCAAUCAAAGACAAACCACGACAAGUGAUUGUCCAAGGUGUCCAUGAGCUAUAUGAUCUGGAGGAGACCCCAGUGAACUGGGAAGAUGACAGUGAGAGAACAAAUCGAUUAGUCCUUAUUGGCAGGAAUUUAGAUAAGGAUAUUCUUAAACAACUAUUUAUAGCUACUGUGACUGAAACAGAAAAGCGAUGGGCAACACAUUUCCAAGAAGAUCAAGUUUGUCCAUAACACUAGAAGCAUCGCCAAAAGGACUGGAUGAUAAAAGUGAGAAUAAGUUUCCUGUUGGAUGUAUUUCAAGCAUCUAUUUUUUGCAUUACUUUUCUUAUGAAUUACAGUGUAUCCUUUAAAAUAGUAUUUAUUUUAUAGAAUACAUAAAUAUAGUAAAUCAGUAAUAUAAAACCUUUGACAUUCAUUCAAUAAAACGUAAUUUCCUAUGACUUUUUUUUUGUAGACAGAUGAUUCGCAAACUUAUCUUUGGAGUUUACAUAUGCUGAAAUUCUCACCCAUGGAAAUUUUAGUAGUAAUAGUGGUAUCAUGUUGAUAUAUGCCAGAAACCAAUACAAUACUGUAAAGCAAUUAUCCUCCAAUUAAAAAUAAUUUUUAAAAAUGGUAAAACUUAUUCUUAUUUCAGCAUUAUCAUUUUCCCUUAGAACUUCAGCUGAUUGCUUGGAUGUAAUUUUAUUGUUAAUAGCAAAAAUUUUUAAAAACAAAUAAUGUCACUAUUUUUAUUAAGGGAAAUAAGAGCUUUAUUGUGGUAGAGACUUGUAAGAAAUUACUUGUAAUUUCUGAGUCAAAGAAAUUAUUUGAGACUCUCUCUUAGAAUCAGAUUCUAAGCCUUACUGUAGUCAGUGUAAUGGAACUUCAGCCAUUCACUUCACAAUAUAUUUCAAAGAUUUCAAUUAUAGAACUUUUAAUUUUAGAGUAGAUUUUACUGCUGGUAUUAAAUCCAUCUUGGGUUUUUUGAACUUCUUUAUUUUUCAAUGUAAACUAAAAAGUGACAGGGUACUUUAAAUAUAAUUACAGAUAACUUUUGAUAAUUUAUCUUUAUAUAAAUAGUAGAUGUAUAAGUAAGUAUAUAUUGGAUUACUUUUCUCCUAUUCCUUAUGAAGGCCAGGUCAGCAUAACUAUAUUCAGAUAGUAAGAGAAAGGCAUAAGGUGGAAUUUAAAGAAGAGUUAAUGGUUGUUAAAUAUCAGAAGACUGUCAAAAUGACUGAGCAUGUGCGUGCCCUGUUUUAGAACUUCUUGAUAAUCUUAGUGUCACAAAGAUAUUUCCUAUAUUUUCUUUCAGGAACUUAAUAAUUUUUAGCUCUUCAUGUUUAGUAUCACAAUCCACCUCAAGUUAAUUGUUCUAUUGUUAUAUCUUGAAAACUCUUUCCCCUUUGAAUAAGCUUUUUGCACCUAAAAA